GUACUAGAUAUUGGACAUUUUACUUCCCUGUAGAGAUUCUUUUUCCAGAGCAUUUUCAGAGCACCAAAGUCAAAAUAUUUCAGGAAAUAGAGAGAAUAUGGCCUCAUCAGGUGGAGACAAUUGCACUCUAUGUUAUGAUGAUGAUGGAACUUCUACAGAAGCUGUCACAUGGUGCACAGAAUGUGAGGUGCUCCUAUGUACAGGCUGUGAAAAACAUCACACAAAAUCAAAAGCAUCUAAAGACCAUAAAACUAUGACGACUAAAGACUACCAUAACUUACCAACAUUCAUGCACGAUAUAAGCAGUCAGUGCAGAGACCACAAGAAGAAGUUUGAGCUUUAUUGUUCUCUCCAUGCCUGUCCCUGCUGUGUACAGUGCAUCUCUGAUAAUCACAAAAAAUGUCAAGACCUAAAACCGAUGUCAGAUAUUCUGAAGCAAGUAAAAUCAUCAGCCUCAGUUCAACUUUUUGAAAAAGAUUUAAAGAAUGUAAAGGAAAACUUAGAGGAGAUCAUAAAAUAUUUGAAUAGCCAGAUGCACACAAACAAUAAUCAGAAAACAAAGGCUGCAGAACAAAUUCGAUCUAUGAGGAAGUCCAUGGAUGAUUUCUUAAACAAAUUAGAACAAAAAAUUCUUGAUGACCUAGAAUUGAAGCAUACACAGCUGAAAUCUAAGAUGAACGCUUUACUGCAACAACUGAAAACACAAGACAAUCAGAUAAACCAAUUGCAAAGUGAUUUUUCUAAAAUGACACAAUAUGCAACUGAGCUUCAAAUGUAUGUUGGUCUGAGAGAAAUAGAGAAAACUACAUCUGAAGCAGCAAAAUAUAUAGAUGAAUUAAAAAGUGGAGAUAAUUUUGAGGAAAAGAACUUAGAGGUAACUAUUUCAUCUGACCUGCAAUCAAUUUUGCGAGAGGUCAAAUCAUUCGGUGAUAUUCAUGUCAAUACCAGCCAAUCCAAUCUUCAAAUUAAGACGGGGAGAAAAGAUCAAGCACAGAACCUAGUUCCAACUUUUCCUACAAUUGGAGACAUUAAACUAACAAUGUUGAGAACUCUGACAUUUCCAGAAAAUAUGAAGUUAACAAGUGCACCUGCCUUAAGGAUAUUACCUGAUGGUAAAUAUCUAAUUCUUAAUCACGAUUCUUUAUUUGAAAGUGAUGCCCUGCUGCUAUUUGGUAUAGAUGGCAUCUUUGAAAGAAAAGUAUUCACAUUCACAGAAUAUCCAUAUUGUGUUUGCUAUGUCAGAAAUAAUACAGUGGCUGCCACAUUUGGAUACACAAACAAGACAGUACUAGUGGAUGUAGAAACGAAAAAAGUUAUUCAAACAAUUAAAGUUUCUCAUGAAUGUGGUAGAGUAGCAAGUGAUAGUAAAAUAUUGGUCAUCAACAGUGCGGAGAAAAUUACUAUUGUUAAUCUGAAUGAUAUGUCUCAAACAAUUGUAAAAGGAGUAGGAGCAACACAUAUAUCAUUAUUUGGAGGAAAUAUCUAUGGUACCCUUUUCAUGGAAAACAAAGUCUGCUGCUACAAAAUAACUGGAGAACUUCUCUGGACAUUUCAGCAUCAAGACAUUGUCGGUCCAGAAGGAAUUGCAUUAGACAAGUAUGGCUUUCUUUAUUUAGCUUCUCGUAAAAACAACAGAAUAGUGGUAGUAUCGCCAGAUGGUAAAACCUGUAAGACAAUUCUAUCAGAGGCUGAUGGAAUCAAUUUUCCUGUGAGCAUAGAUAUAAACAGAGAAACAGGAAUGAUGAUAGUGUCACGUAAAGUUAAGAAAACAAGUGCCAAGAAGGUUGAUAGUGGUGAUCAUUACCACACAGCGAUUAUUUAUAAAUUCUGA